UAAACGUGGAGCAGCAGCAGCAGCAGCUCCUGUCGGAUCCUCCAGGCCUGCAUGCAUGCUCAACCACACACAGACACACACACAGACACACACAGACACACACACAGCAGCAGCAGCAGCAGCAGCGGGAAUCUGAUGCCGCUGCAGGACGGAGACAGCGUGGCUCUGGAGAGACGCAUGGACCUGGCGUCUCUCUUCUGCCUGAUCGGCCGCCACGGACCCGCUGUGGUUCUGGUCCUGAUCGCGAUGGUGUCGGUGCUGGCGGCGGUCAUCCUCUACCGGACCGUGCGGGGGAAGACGAGGAGGAAGGCCGGGGACAGGGACGGGGACCGGGACGGGGAGCAGGAGCUGAACCCCGGGGAUCCACGCCGCUCCUCCGUGGAGGCAACAGAUGUGAGCGAUGAAGUUUCGUCAGAGAUGAAGGACGAUGCUGAUCCGUUUCAACGUGAUCUGAAACUCAGGCAUCGCCGAGCUCCUGCUGCUGAAAACAAACCUUCUACUUAUUCUCCUGCUGAGACGUACACAGAGGCCACUCACAACCUGAAAUGUGAUGCGACCACGGUGGCUGAAACGAAGGUGAAGAGUGCAACAGAUGACGGAGUAAGAGAAGAAGAAGUCCUCGAGGAGGUCCAUGUUAACGGAGGCUGCUGGAAGGAGCCUGUGUUGAUCCGUUACGAGCGACAUGAGGAGGUUGAGAAGGAGUUUGAAGCCGAGGAUCAGGACGAUGGGAGUGUGACCACAGACGAUAUUGAAGAUGAUUCUUGCUGUUGUAUCUGUUACGGCAAAGACGAGUUGGAAGAAGAGAAUCACCUUCGAGAUAGCAUCGACGACAGCAAUCAUUCCAGUUAUCCCCUCUCUCCAGAGGAAGAACAGGAAAACGAGGGUGAGGAGGCUGAAGAAGAGUUUGUAGAGCAACAGCUCGUUCCUCAACGAGAAGAAAUCUGUCCCUCGACGUGUGAACAGGAACCGUCUUCGCAGCAGGAUUGUCAACAACCACAGAGUGAAGAGAAACAAGAUGAAAUCUCCAAACCUCUGGAUAAAGACACAGGUUUGACUGAUCCUGGCUCUGACGCACCUUCACUCCAGGAGGAACUUCACCACAAAAUCAAUCAAAGAUCUGCAGAUGACACGUUUACUGUAAAAGGUGAGGAAAUGUCUUGUCCUCACUUCUCAUUCGUCUGCCAACACCAAACAAGUGACCACAAGGAAGUGAAUGAGACUUUGGUCGAGGCAGAAAUUCCUGCGACUGAUGCAGCUGUUUGUGAUAAUGAUACGAGUAUCUCAUCUGGGAUGUCUGAAGAAAUAUCUCCCCCUGACACGUUGGCUUUAACCCAAGACCAAGAAAGUGACCAAAUGCAAAAUAAUGGCAUGAGUCCGGACCUUGACCCUCUCAUGUGGCAACCUCCCUUACCGUCUUUGAAGCGAAGUGAGCUGAGGGAUCAGGACGAGGGCAGCAUGUGUUCUGCUGCUGUUGAAGCAGAGAGCGGGAUAUCCAGCAUGGCCGUCAGUCCUGAUUUACAGGAUGCUGGUCAUGACUUUGCAGAGACCGUAGAAAAUAUGGUAGUUCCACAACUGGACUGGGAUUCACCGUCAGAAGAAGGGAAAGAGGCUAAAAACAACCUCUACGCCGAUGAUGCUGAUGUUUCUGUCAUUAAGGACGAAACAGCAGGUCUGGUGUUUGGGCCUUACCCAUCACGUGUCUCCCAGCAACCCCACAGCGAGCACACGGGCGAGGACAAGUUCGCCUCGUUUGCAGACAACGAGGACACGUUUGGCCACGAGAUCGAGGACAGUUACCACACAGCACACGAGCAGCUUAUGUUGCAGAUCUCAGCAAAUGUAAUCAGCACAACUGAUGAGCUGAGGAAUGAACACAUGAAUAUAGAUGAGAAGGUGUUUGUGGAGGUUGUAGAGAAGAAGGAGAAGAAGGAGGACGUGAGAAGUGCAAAGAAAAUGGAAACAGAGGCAGAGACGGAGAAAGAAGACGACUACGAAAAGACUGAAAUCAGUAUCAUGGAGGCGACUAUGGACAAUAACGAAUGGAUCACGGACAGUAACCAAGUCCUUCCCUGGAUGAACAUUACUGUCCCGUCUUUUUGCCGAGACCACAAAACCACCGACCAGCCUCCUGCUGACGAUCGCCGGCCCGGCUCUUCUCUCACCGAUGUUUCACGUGUUGAUACAGAGCCCCCCCCGUCCACUGAAGACAAACAAACCAGCGCUCUCUCCGCUGUGGACGAUAAUACUGAAAUCAACAAAAAGGUCGUGGCCGUCCAUCCGAUGCCCCAGAAUGUUGAUGUGACGUUCAGCCUCCACUAUCUCACCCGCUCGCCGUACCAGACGGUGGGCGUCACUGGGAACCAGCAGGAGCUGGGGAACUGGAAGGAAUUCGUCCCGCUGGAGAGAGCCAAGGACGGGCACUGGGCCACGCUGGUCAGCCUCCCUGCAGAGAGCCAUGUGGAGUGGAAGUUCGUGCUGGUGGAGAAGGGUGAAGUGUGUCGCUGGGAGGAGUGUGGCAACCGGCUUCUUGAUACAGGAUCUGGAGACGAGCUGACUGUGCACAAGUGGUGGGGAUUAUUAUAGGAUGAGUCUCAGAGGAGAGAGGGACUUUGACACGAAACCAACUGGAAACUGGACCAGAUGAAGUUUAAAUUGAUCUAUAAAUCCCAUCACAAGAGCUCAAAUGGUGAUUUGUUGCAUUAAAAUACUCCUUUGAAUCAAAUAUGGAUUGAUAUCUAAACCUAAAAAAGAUGUUACAGGUCUUUGUUAAAGCUAAAUUUGGUUUUUACAACAAAAUAUUAAGAACAAUUUUGAUAAUAAUACAAAAAUGUGUUGUUUUCAACCCCUAAAAUGUGAAUUUAUUUGACUUUCUUUCUGAUUUAAUAUGAUUGAUUGAGCAAAACAACUAAUCCAAGGAGGAAACCUUGUUGAAAAUACAACAAUAAAUUUUCCAAAAAUAGUCAAAACCUAUUGCAAACCUACCUAACAUGUGUGUGUCUGAUUAACAAAUAGUGUUAGAGAUAAAAAUCGAAUUUUAACCACAUUUUACCCAGUUUUUAAUCUGCCCUCUCAUAUAUUUUUCAGAAAACUGUCCUUAAAAAACGCCUUCUUCAUUUCUGUGGCGAUAUCUUUGGAUGAAGCAUCUUUUUAAUAGUCUGUGAUUAAAUGCAAGUGUCAAUUUUCUAUAAAUAAUAUAUAUAUAUAUAUAUAUAAUAUAUAAAUUAUACCGUCCAUAUGCUGCUUGAAUACCCUCCAACAAUCUACGAGAGGAUAUGCACAUUAUUCACUUUUACUAUAGCAAUAAUCAAAGCAAUAAUUGUUCUGUAUGCUGUUUGUCUGGCGUUAUUAUCAGGUAUUCAUGAGUUAACCACUAAACUGUGAUAUGGUUUCAAUGCUGCUUUUAUCUUGUGUGCAUGCAAGAUUCUCAUAGUUCUAUUAAUGUGCCUUUUAAACAGGAUUGGUUUCUCUUUCUGUGUCGCAACAACUUUGAUUGAAUUAAUUACUUUCACGUAUAUUAUUUCUCAAAUGUAUGCAGUCAGGUUUUUUUCAAUGUUACUAAUCAAUGUAGACUCUGUAUCUCAGAUCAUGUCAGAAGUAUCUUAAUAUGCAAUAUUCUGAAGAUAAUAAUAUUCUUGAAUGUUAGUACGAUGGAGUUUGUUACCAAAUAAAUAAAUAAAGAGUCUGUCGUUACUCUGA